GCAUCGCUGCCGGCAGCUUGUUUGUAUCAGUGCUCUUAUCACUUCGCUCUAAUAUUAGUGUAUUUUAUUUUCGUUAAUUAUUAUUGUCGUUGCUAACUUAUCCUGAUAUCUCAAUAACCCUGUUCCUGUUAUUUACUUGGAAGAGUCUAAACCAAAAGUGAUAGUUAACUUAACGCCGUUAGCAUAGCAAUAGCGUGUUAGCUUGCUUUCUGUUCACACUGUGGAAUAUCAUCUUGCCUCUGGUUUGUCUUGUGUGCUAACUGUUUCUCUUUUGAAGCGAGUAUACUACGAUCCAUCGAGCAACCUUGGUAAGUUGGAAUUGCACUUCAAAUCCGGUGAGUUAUGGCUUCUAUUCCUAUUAUUGUUACUUGCACCUCAUGUCAUAUGUUUAGCUUAGCCUUCUCUGUCAGCUGCGAGGGCUUUAUAUGCGAUAAAUGCAGGGAAAUAGUUAGGCUGACAGAGAAGAUCUUAGAAUUAGAGUCUCGCAUCCAAUCUUUAUCUGAGGAUAGUAAGAGUUUAACGACGAUAGAAAACACUUUGGAUGCGAGCAACAUUAGCGCACACAGCUCGGUUCCGGUUGAAAAUCCUCCGCAGCUGGGAAACUUCGUGACUGUGAGACGGCGUAGUCGCAGGACAAAACAUCACUCGACCGUUCCGAUUACAGUCUCGAACAGGUUUGCCCCGCUCAGUGACGCACCGACUGAGAAACCUGCUGAAAGUGCCCUAGUUAUCGGUGAUUCUAUUGUUCGGAACGUUAACAUAGAGGCACCAGCCACCAUAGUCCAAUGUUUACCGGGAGCCAGAGCGCCUGACAUCAAGUCAAAUUUAAAUGUGCUGGCUAAGGCUAAUCGUAAAUUCAGUAAGAUUGUCAUUCACGUCGGCACAAAUGAUGUUCGACUCCGUCAAUCGGAGAUCACAAAAGAUAACAUUAAAGAGGUGUGUGAGCUCGCAAGCAUGAUGUCAGACACUGUAAUAUUCUCUGGCCCCCUCAAUGCUUAUCGUGGUGAUGAGAUUUAUAGCAGAUUAUCAUCACUAAAUGGCUGGUUGUCUGAGUGGUGCCUGCAGAAUGAUAUAGUUUUUAUAAAUAACUGGAAGAGUUUUGAGGGCAGACCUGACCUGUUGAAACGAGAUGGUCUCCAUCCCUCCUGGGCUGGGGCUUCCAUCCUGUCUAGAAAUAUGGCAAAAAGUCUUAAUGCUAAUGCUAAAACUUGACUCGCUGGGGCCCAGGUCAGGGAGCAGACAGUAUGGCUUAACCAACUGUCUGCUUGCCGUCUCACGUCGCAGAAUACACAAAAUGUACAACAUGUAGUAAUCCGUUCUCCCAAACAUCACAAAAUAGAGACUGUGUCUGUCCCCCGGAUUAGCAAACAUAAAAUAAUGCGUAAACCUCUUGAAAGUAAUUUAAUAAACGUUAAACAAACUAAACAUGAACAAAAUACAGAUAAUCAACUGUUACGACUCGGAUUGCUAAAUAUUAGA